UGGCGGAUCAAUUGCUUAGGAAACAACAAAAGGUGCUUGUUUGAACUGCUCUUGAUGUGUAUUUAUUGCUUAGGAAACAACAAAAGGUGGAUGCAAGACUUCUACUCCUGGCAGAUGCCGCUAUCUCACAGAUGAAUCUAGAGUGAAUUACUUAUUAGUUUUGAAACCGGCACGAUUCAGUUCACGUCCCAUCUGAGUAGGUAUUUGGUCGAAGUAAAAUGUCUGCGGUGCCUGCAGCGACCUUUGCACCGGCCAGCCAGCAGAUGAGGCAGCCCAUCUUUGAGGGCGACUACAGCUUCAACACUGGGCACCUGAAGACCUUCACCUGGCUCGACUACGUCAUCUUCGGCGCCAUAUUGUUCAUCUCGGCAGCCAUUGGAUUAUAUUUUGCUAUCAAAGAUCGCAGGAACAAAUCCAUGAACCACUUUUUGUUAGCCGGUAAAAACAUGAGCCCCAUCCCUGUUGGGCUGUCUCUACUGGCCAGUUUCAUGUCAGCCAUUACGUUGCUAGGGACGCCAGCAGAGAUGUAUAACUACACCACGAUGUAUUUCUGGAUAGGACUUGGUUACCUGCUGGUUAUAGCUGGCGCAGCACAUGUGUAUAUACCUAUAUUUUAUCACCUCGGUGUGACCAGUGCGUAUGAGUACUUAGAGAAACGCUUCAGUCGUGGAGUUCGAACGGCAGCCUCCAUGACAUUCGUCCUUCAGAUGAUUUUGUAUAUGGCCAUUGUAUUGUAUGCCCCAAGUUUGGCCUUAAAUGCAGUAACUGGCUUUACAUUAUGGGGCUCUGUGAUCUCUGUCGGUAUCGUCUGCACUUUAUACACGGCCUUUGGUGGCAUGAAAGCUGUACUGUGGACAGACAGCUUCCAGAUCUUCAUGAUGAUCGCCAGCCUCGUUGUCAUCCUCAUCAAAGGCGACAUCGUGGGGGGCGGCUUCAACCAGACAUGGACGUCUGCCGAGAGGACGAACCGGAUCUACUUCACUGACUUUAACCCUGAUCCAGCUGUCCGACAUUCCGUCUGGUCACUCACCAUUGGCGCCUACUUCACCUGGGUGGCUAUUUUUGGCGUCAACCAGGCCCAGGUACAGAGGGCAGUCACGUGCCCAUCGCUCUCUAAAGCCCAGAUGGCGAUAUGGUUUAACUUUCCCGGUCUGUGUUUAAUCCUCUACCUGUGCUGUUUCAUUGGUCUCUACAUGUCUGCCUUCUACGAGAACUGUGACCCUCUCAAGUCUGGCUUUGUUGAUGACGUCAACCAGAUAAUCCCCAUGUAUGUGAUGGACAUUUUGGGUGACGUCAUUGGACUUCCAGGUCUAUUUGUAGCCGGUCUGUUCAGUGGUGCUUUAAGCACUAUAUCAUCUGGUCUCAACUCUAUAUCAGCCUGUAUUCUAGAGGAUGUGAUUAGAGCAUAUUUCGCCAAGGACCUGCGUGAGUCAAGGGCUCGACUCUUCUCGCAAAUUAUUGCUCUUAUAUUUGGGCUGGUCUGUCUAGGCUUAACGUACGUAGCCUCCCAGCUGGGCAACAUCUUACAGGCUGCCCUGUCGCUGUUUGGGAUGAUUGGAGGGCCUUUACUCGGCGUCUUUUCUCUGGGCAUGUUCUUCCCUUGGGCUAACAAAUGGGGCGCUUAUUCGGGGCUAUUUGGUAGUCUCAUCUUCAUGUUCUGGAUCGGAGUUGGAGCGGCGGUAGUGAAGCCACCCACAGAAAAGGCGCUUCGCUUCGUUACCAACUGCAACGUUACAGCGUUCAGCAGUGAAAUGCUGAGCAAGUUAAAUUCUACUGCCGCAUCAACUGUUGACACAAGCGUGCCAGCCUACCAUCUCUAUACACUAUCCUACAUGUGGUACAGCACUACAGCUGUCCUCACGUGCAUUGCCAUUGGUCUCAUUGUAAGCUUUAUAACUGGUGCCAAGAAGGCCAGUGACGUGGACCCCCGUCUGAUCUGUCCUGUGUUUGACAUCGUGUUUCCCUUGUCCUUCCUACCAGAGAGAAUUCGCAAGCCUCUAAGGUUCGGUGUUGUCCACAAGGGGAAAUAUGAGAAGAAAGAGAAAUCCGAAGAAAAAGUUAACGGUCACACCCCAGAGAACGGUCACACCCCAGCGAAUGGCUUCACCAACAUAGUGGCUUUAUCAGAGAGUAGCAACCAGAUAGACCACUACAAGAUUGAUCUCAAUAUUUUAAGUCCCACUACCACCAGCUACAAGAUUGAUCUCAAUAUUUUAAGUCCCACUAACACCAGCUACAAGAUUGUUCUCAAUAUUUUAAGUCCCACUAACACUAGCUACAAGAUUGAUCUCAAUAUUUUAAGUCCCACUACCACCAGCUACAAGAUUGAUCUCAAUAUUUUAAGUCCCACUAACACCAGCUACAAGAUUGUUCUCAAUAUUUUAAGUCCCAAUAAUUACCAAUAA